GCUAUCACUGUAAACCAAAAUAAUAGCGUCGUCAACAAUACGAUUUACGGAUUUACCCAACUAAUAUUAGAUCUGAUUAAUUAUUAAAGUAAUACGUUAGUCCGACAUACGAAGUAGAGACUGUUUGUCAAGCGAUAUGGCCACUGAAAUUUAUAAAAAAGAUUUGUACGGGAUUAUCGGCGUACCCGAAGAAGCGACAGAAAAAGAAAUUCUUCGGGGUUACAGAAAAAAAGCUCUUCAAUGCCACCCUGACAAAAAUCCAGACAACCCAAAAGCUGCUGAACUUUUUCAUGAACUUUCAAGAGCAUUAGAAAUACUAACGGAUAUAGCUGCUAGAGCAGCAUAUGACCAAUCACUCAAGGCUAAGAAGGUUGCUGCCGAAAGAACAAGAGUUUUAGACAGCAAGCGUAAAAAGUUUAAAGAAGAUUUGGAAGCUCGAGAAAGGGCAGCAUUUGAGAUAAGACAGGCUGAUGCAGCAGCAGAAGCUGAGAGGAAACUUCAAAUAGAAAUCAAAAGAUUGAGAAAAGAAGGAUCAAGAUUACUUGAACAGGAGCAAGAGCGGUUACGCAGAGAGUUACAGCGUUCCAGUUUAAAUGAUAACCUACAACCAAAUAACCAGUCAUCUGAACCUCAACGGAUUAAACUGAAAUGGAAGGCUCAAAAAGGAGACCCUUCUAAUGGAGGCUACUCCAGUGAUAUAUUAAAAGACAUACUGGGAUGUUAUGGUCAUAUAAACACACUACUUGUCUCCAGCAAGCGCACUGGUAGUGCUAUAGUUGAAUUUGAUGGAGUCUCAGCUGAUAUUUCAGAUGAAAAAGGUCAUACAGACAACCCCUUCACUAUUGUGUGGUUGUCUGGCAAGCCAGAUUGCCCGGAUGAGUUCGACAAACUUGACAAUUGUGAUUUUACUAAUGGGGCCAGUAAAAGGAAUGACAUAUUUAGUACGUGUUCUGUGAAAUUUGACUCUGGAAGUUCUGUCCCUCCUGUGAGUGGACCGGCAUAUUCAGAAGAUGGGGAAAAAGAUUUUGAAAGCUUGGUUUUGAUGCGAAUGCGACAAGCAGAGGAGAGGAAGAAGCUGACAGAACAGAUGAUGAAAGAUGAUGCUGAAUAGUUUUUUUUUGGCCCAGAUAUCUUCAUUGUAAAUAA